AUGAUAACUUCAAUAUUUCGUAAGCAACCAUUCUUCCUUAUUCAAAGUUUUUUACAAGGCGUACAACUACGCUCAAUAGCAGCAACAACGAACGAAAAACAACUAAAUUCUAAACCUGUGAAACCGCCAUCUCAGUUAUCGCAAUCGUCGACAAAAAAAUCGGAGUAUUUAGCUGCUGAUAUGUAUGAUUACAAUUUAUAUAGUCAUUAUGACCUUGAAACGAGUAUGUCUAAAUAUCGUUUGAAACAACCAUCGGCAUUCGAUAAACUUAUUCCAGAUCCACCACCACCACCCAAAAAAUAA